GUAUCGUUUAAUUCUCCCGUCUCUUGAAUACUCGCUUCACCUCACACACUCAGCGUGACUGCUGUUUUUCAACCGAGGUAUUCUAUCUUUUAUUCUCUGCAAAUUAUCGAACUAGAGAGAGAGAGAGAGCAUUUUCUCUUUCAUCGCCACGUCCCUGCCCUGUAGUUGAUUCAAAUUUGUGUGAGUUUUCUUCUGGACUGUAAAAAAGAGGUGUCUUUAAAAAUUGAACAUUUCUCAUCGGAGCUCUCCGAUUUAGAUUUUUCUUUUUAGUGUUAUUUUUGAAGAUUUCCUUCUCUGUAUUUUUCUGCUUCUUACCCAGAUGCCAUUAUAUUCUAUUUCUUUCUGAUUUGCAAUAAUGGCAUUGUGGAUCAGCUAAGUUCAUAUUAAUGCAUAGCAAAAAGGUGCAAGAUUUUUCUUUUCUUCCCUUUUCGGUCUCAUGAUUGAGGUCAAGAAUUUCCAAAAGAGACGAUGUUGCCCUCUCUCCCACUCUCGUCGUGUGUUUUAUUCAUCUGUAUUUCCGUUUCUUCUCUCCGCAUUUCAUCACUCACUGUCUAUCUUCUUCUUUUGUGAGACAGUGAGAGACAAAGCUGCGAGUGUGCAGGCGUGUGUGUGUGUGUGUGAGAGAGAGAGAGGGAGUUAAAUGAGUCGUUUUUAAUUGCGUGAAGAAGAACCCGAUUCCCUCAACAUCCCCCAAGUAAAAAGGACAACAACAAUCACUUUCCUUUUCCCCCCCUUUGCUUUAACACACACAAAAAUUGAACAAAGCCCAUUACCCAAAGAAGAAUGCACUUCUUUAUCUUCCCAAACCCAUUGUUUCUUCCUUUCCGUUGAGCCCUUUUUCUCAAAUCUGAAACUCACACCCUGGUUUUCUAAUUCUUUCAGCCGAUUUCCCACAUGUCUUUCUCUUUCAGUAGAUAAGGACAAAUGUGGGAUUAUUUAUUGUGCAGUCGGUUGCUUUAUGCAUAUUUUUCCUCGGUACUAAUACGAUCAUCAAAUUCGUCUCUGCAUCUGAUAUGAAAUGACCGAAACAUCCUCAACUUGCAAAUUAAAUUGAAGUUAUCCCGUCUUGUUCAUAGUUUUGGAAGUUUGUGUUACAAGAGAGAGAGAUAUUUGAAGCUGCAGUUGAGCUCAACUUUUUCAAAGGGGGGAUGUGAAAUGGGCUCUGCUGCAUUUGCUGAUGAAGAUGAGUCUCAGCCUAGUACUAGUAAUUGCAAGAGUUACAAGUUAUCAACUACGAUUCUUGAUGGAUGUGGUGCUGCUAAUCAUCAUGCCUCGAUUCCUCGCAAGCUACGGUCCGCCAUCAAAAAGCGGGGCCGGGUGUCUGUUACUUCGCCAUUCCUAACUUCAAGGAAGCAGCAUCGUGUGUCAACUACAGGUGAUACGCUCAGAAAAGAUGGUGCAAAGAAAUCCAAACUGAAUAAGAAGCAGAGACGCAUCACCAAGGAUGAGGAAGAAGUGGCUGAAACCUUGUUUGCUUUGGCUGGUAUGUUCUCUGAUGCAGACAAGGCAGAUCAGCAAAUAAUAGACGACGAAAAACCAGAAAUAAAAUCUUUGGCUACACUAGAAGAAGAUAGCUGUCCAACACUAGAAGAAGAGACUAGGAAAAUUGGCUCAAAAGUAACUCUUGGAGCUGUUUGUCCUUCAAGUGUGGUGAAUUCAACAGCAGAAGAAGUCAUAUACCAAACAUUAGAAGCUCGACAACCCGAGCUUUUAUUCUCUAGCAAGCAGGCGGCAAUCCCUAAUCCUUCUGGAGACCAAUCUGAUUUAAGACCGGGUUCCACUUCAAGACCACUAGUAUUGAUGCUUGGCAUGAACCCAAGUGGUGAAGAGGAACUUCACUUGGAUCAGGUUGCAGCUUCUGGAUUUCAGCAUGGCAAAAACAAAUAUAAGGAAUUGUUUCCUUUACCCAACUUGUCUGCAACCCGAGCCACGAGUUCUGAGACGCACAAAUCAUGCCUGGGGAGCCGCACUCUUUUUUCCACUCAGCCUCGUGUCGUUGAGAACACAAUUAGUACUGAAAAGCAUACAAGAGUUGGCCCUGAAUCGAACAAGUUGUGGAAGAGAUGUUCAGCACACGUUUACAUAAGUCGUCUUAUAAAAGUCUUGCAAAUAUCAGACAGAAAAGAAGGAAUGCCAGUGAAGCCUACCCAACCAACAACUUGUCAAGGUGCAGACAACCAAAUGCAGAGAAUAAAUGGUAGAAACGGCGACACAUAUUUUAGUGGCAUCGACAUAGUUGCUGCUGAAAAAGAUUCAACUGAAACCCAAAAUGGUAUCCUUUUGCAUAAGAGGCCCAUCCACGAUCAGCAGAUGGCUUCUGAAACCUCUGCAAAACAGGGAUACGACUUUUUAUCUUUGGGGACGGGGCAUAGUGGUUUGGACACCAGCGAGAGUGCAAACGAAGCAGGAUGUUUUCUCGAGCCUUCUAGACAGUACCGUGUGCCAUACAUGCAGUCACAAAACCAGUCCACUGUGCUUUGUUCACUGCCCCGGAAUGGCUAUUCUGCGUCUUCACAGAGUCAUAAUUCAGCUUCGGCAGCACAACGGGUGCUGCAGCUCUCUCAAUAUCAUAGCAGUAGUUUCGCGGGACAGCAACAGAACACGGGAGGAGGUGGUGGCCUGCCACGGCUUCCCCCGGACUGGAGCAAUGGAGCUGUGGUGAACUAUGCUCACUCUCUCUUCCCACAUCUGCAUGCCAAGUAUCAACAACUCUCACCUUCACAGCAGCAGUUUAUGGUUAUCGACUCGUCGUUCCGACAUCACAACCUUCCUUUGAGAAAUGGAGGCGUAAUCCAUCCUCAAAACAUAGCGCAGUUGCAACUACCCUGCAACCACCGCCUUUGACAUAAUUUCUUCACAUUUUGGUUCGUUUAACAACUAUCCAGUUUGCUGCUAAUUUUAGGCAUUUCCUUCACGUGGGCUUGUAAAUGAGAUUUACUUUCAAAUGACACACUGAAACGAGAGAUUGUGUCUAUAAUAACAGGACUUCCAAUGUAAAAGGAUGGUUAAAAAUGAAGUUUUAGGCACUGAAUUGCUCCUA